UGCUGGUCCACUAGGUGAUUACCCUGUUGGUGGCUCCCAGAUUUCAAAGUCCUUGUCAAGCUGGUUGCUGCCACAUGCCCACUCAGGCGCCCACCCCUCCCCAGGCACCCUGGCUUUUGCACUCUGGUUUUACCCUUCCUUAUGAGUGACCACCCAUUGUUUGCUCCCAUUUCCAAUGACCUCAUUCUGCAGCUUUUAGCACUGGGAGUCUGUACUGUGUGCUAGAGCACUAAGAUGUACGACUUUUACCCAAAUAAAGCAAAGCUGGGCACUCAGGAGGCCUUCAGACAAGGCUUUGUAAAUGGAAAUAACCUCACAAAAAGACCAAGAUCAAGCAUAGACAGCGGCCAGAGGAUGGCUUCCAUGUACUAGGCUGAAGCCUGGAGGAAGUCUACCCACUAGACCUUGGGGUAGCUAUAAUCAAGCUGAGAAUGAGGCAAGAUAGAGACAGGGAUUAUGGGGAAAUGGGCAGGGAAAGGAACCUUAUCCUGGAGUCUAAACUCCCUCACCAGCUGAAAAACCAGAAUUCAAGGAAAAUUAAAAAUACUUGCUGUAGAAGUUACUGACACAGUUAAUAUUCCUCUCUCAUACAUAUUUUUGUGUUAAAGUAACAAUAAGGCUUAAGGUCUAAAUGGGUAUGAUUUUGGGUCUGUUGUGGAAUAUUCCUUUACACUGUGUAGAGAUGUGUCACUAUGACUUGUUUAAUAAAAAUCUAAAUGGUCAAUAGCUAGGCAGGAGGGAUAGCAGGGACCUCUGGAUAGAGAGAGCUCUGGGAAGAGAGGCGGGGCCGAGAGCCAGCAGAGGAAGCAGGCUGGGCAGUCAGUACAUAGGAAAGGUAACGGAGCCACGUAAAAGAGUGUAGAUUAAAAGGUGUGGCUGAGUUUUAUUUCCAGGUCCUACAAGGAGAGAACCUGUUCCCAAGAGUUGUCCUCUGACCUCCACUGUGUGCUGUGACACAUGCAUCCCUCCCCUCAACCAGUAAAUAUGCAGUAUUUAAAAAUGUCCUGGGUGGUGAGAUGGCUCAUCAAGUAAAGGUGCCUGCCACCAAGGUUGAAGACAUGAGCUUGUUUUUCAGGCCUCAGAAGGAGGACCAUUUCCAUAAGCUGUCCUUUGUCCUCCACAGGCCUGCUCUGCCAUGUAUGAUGUGCUCACCCACAGGCCUGCUCUGCCAUGUAUGAUGUGCUCACCCACAGGCCUGCUCUGCCAUGUAUGAUGUGCUCACCCACAAGCAUGCUCUGCCAUGUACGUGCUCACCCACAGGCCCAGUCACAAAUAAAUGUUAAAAACAAGCCUUUAUAUCCCUUCCUAAACUCUGCUUCAUAAACUCUUGAGUCGCAGUCCCUAAUCUCGGGGAGCCCCUCAGGCUGCCGAGGGUGGGAAGUGCAGUCAUCCCUGUCCCCUCAUUGCUAAUGUAAGAAUACACUGUAAAUACAGAAUAUGACAAAAUCAGCAUUAGCAUUAAACAUUCAGAACAAAAGCCACAUUUUUUUAACCAGAUCUACUUUUAUUUCAGAAGGAAUUUUGUAUUAUAGUAUUUACUUUUGUUUAUAUACAAGUGCUUCACAUUUGCAUUUAAAAUGCAGACCCCCCCUUAAUUCUCGUUCCUGAUUAAAUUAGCUGUUAUUUUACAAUACAAAAAAUACCAAAAAUUGCAGUCCUAAAUGUAUGUAUAACACCAACAAUCCCAGCAAUUAAAUAGUUUACAAUACUUACUCCAUAUUUACACAAGUGCAACAGAUGCUAAAUUACACAUAUUAACAAACUAAGCUUGGAUCAAAACAAACAAACAAUGAACUGCAAAUAACCGUAAAACAGUUCUAGAGGCCGCAUUAGUUCAGCAGGCUUUACUAGUGUUUUGUGCAGAGUCCAGGUCUGAGAGCUGCUUCCAGUUUUUUGCCUUCAGGAGAGAAGGUGCCAGUUUCUCUGCACUUGGGAGGGCACCCCGAGGGCUCCCUGCAGGCGGGUACCCAGCUCCAGAGGCUCUGCGUAGCCAGAGGCCAUGCUGACAUCUCAUUCCAACGCUGUGCUGGGCUCCCCUAGGGUGGCAGCUGUGUCCAAAGAGCUGCGUUUUCACCCAGUUGCUGCCCUAAUGUUAGCUUAGCUUAGAAGUGUUUAGUAAAUAUUUGUUCAAUUAAAGGACACCAAGGAUCAAAGGUGUCCAUAAAAACAGCACCAUCCCCCAAGGAAGUAAAUCACUCCCUAACUCUGUACACUCCACUGCGUUGAAGGAGGAUGGGCAUCGGCAGGCUGUGGCAUCUCCUACCCAGGGUGUUCUGUUCUUGUUUGUCCAGUUCCCUAAUGAGAUCCCAUCUUACACUUCCAGCCUUCCAGAUGUUCUGGUAUUUUCCUUUUGCUGACAGUCUUCUUACAGGUUAGCUCAGCAGGCUAUGGGCUGCUUUCUUGCCACCUCUCCUGGACCUUUCAGACCCCUCUCCAGACUGUGUAGGGAGACCAGGAGGGGAACAGGAGGCUGAGGUGUAGGGAAUGGUGCUAUUCACUAACAAAUGAGCCCUCCCACCCCCAGUUUUCAGUAUAAAAAGAACAUGGUUCUCAGAAAUGUCAUUAAAAUUUUAGACAAAGCUACAACAGAAUGCGGCCUAGAGAGCCCCUUUGCAAGGUCUGAUGUUCACAGGUAACAGUCUUUGACUUUAUAGAGAGUAACAGAACACCUCAGGACGAGACUGGUCACCCCAUAGAGAUGCCAGAAGUCACAAGGAGCACUGGAAAUGCACAACAGUGAUGAACACCUGCUUCCUGAGUUCUCAUGUGUACCGCCGUGUAAACAGACACACUGCCUGGCUCUUCAUGGGUUUGUUCGUUUGUUUUGAGACAGGCUCUCGCUAUGUAGCCCAGGCUCUUCUUGAAUUAUUUUUGUCUUACGUGUACUGGGUGUUCUGCCUGCAUGUUUGCUGUGCACCACAUGCAUGCAGCACCCGAGGAGACUAGAAGAGGGAGUCAGAUCAUCUGGAAUUGGAGUUACAGUUAGUUGUGAGCCACUAGGUAGGUGUUGGGAACUGAACCAGUGUCCUCUGCAAGAGCAGCCAGUGCUCUUAACCACUGAGCCAUCUCUCCAGCCCCAUCUCUGAAUUCUUGAUUUUCCUGCCUCUACCUUCUAAAUGCUAGGAUCACAGCUGCGAGUCCCCAUGCUUGCUCUCUUCCUGGGUAUUCUGAGAGCUGAAUCAUUAGAGUUACCUAAUGGGCACAAGGCUACUGAACACACCAGCAUGGUGGUACAAUGUGUGGCCUAUCAAUGGAUCAGGGCCUGGUAAGAUGACUUCUCAGAGCUUGGAGACCCAGUUUAUGGCACAGAAACAGAUUAGGUGAAACUCAGAUGUUAAUGU